AUGGCCGCCGCGCUCCGCUCGCUCUUCGAGUCGCCGCGUUCGAGUCGAGCCGGCUACCUGCUGGCCGUUGCCGUGGCCGUGGCCGCUGUGAGCGCCGCCAUGGCCAGCGAGGGGUGCAGCAGGGCCUUCUCGGCCAUCAGUGGCGGCUCAUCGGCGCUGCACCGGGGCUCUGCAAUCAUACUGCUCCUGUUCCUCGUCUUUCUCGGCAUCGCUGCCGCCAUCGCCGACGGGGUGAUCACCGCCGAACGCGCGGCGAGGGUGUGGUCCGUGGUGCUGCCGGGCGUGCCGCUCGUCGCGCUGCCGAUCUCGGGCCUGCUGCUCCGGGACGACGAGAUCUUCGCGCUGGUCGGCGGGCAGAGCGCGGAGGCGCUUAGCUUCGAGCGGCUGUCGGGCUGGGUGGCGCCGACGCCCUUCCUGUUGGGGGCGGCGCACUCGAUGAUGCCCCGCGCGCUGCGGUGGAAGGGCAAGGUGGCGCGCAUCGGCCCAAGCCCGAAUCUCUGCCGGCACAUGCUCUACCGCGCGGUCGCUCUGGCGGCCGGCUUCGGCGGCGGCGAGCUCACUGCUUGGGGCUUGCGCGGCGACGCGAUUCGGGCGCGGUUGCAGGCGAUCCGCGGUCGGGCGGUCUCCGCCGGCCCCAAGGCUGCCCAGCCCCAGAACCACACCGGCCACGUGCACCGUGGCGCUAGAGAGCCGGCAUCGGCGUAG